ACUUUUCGCACGUGCGAUGGCCGCAAUUUCCCACUAUCGCCCCAACAUGUUCUCCCCGUCGGCUCUUCGAGUCACCGGAGGCUAGAGCCGGGGGUAUAUAAUAACCCUGGUUUCGGCCUCUCCUCCUCUUCUCUUCUUAUUGCGAUUGGGAAGGAAUGGUGGGAAUCGCCAUCGGAACAUCUUCUGGAAUUAGGGUUUCGGCUCCGUGCUUUUCUGCACCGAAAUUUAGGGGAAAUCUUCCCUCGAGGAAUUGGGUUGCAGGAACUCGGAUGGAUUUUAGAAGGAAAUCGACUCCUCUCAGCUGCAGAAGAGCGAAAGAGGAGUCAACAGAUGCGUGUAUAUCUGAAACUUCCACUGAUGAUGAUACUGCAAACUUGAUUAAAGUCAGAGAGUUGGAAAAUGGAAACUUGCCAGAUGAUGCUGCAGCAAAACAGGGUAUAAGAAUUAGAAGACGCCCUCCAACUGGACCACCUACUCACAUGGUGGGACCCUUUCAGUUCCGCUUGGAGAAUGAGGGAAACACUCCACGCAACAUUCUAGAGAAGAUAAUAUGGGACAAGGACGUGGAAGUUUCACAGAUAAAAGAGAGAAAACCUUUAAAUGUGGUGAAGAAAGCUCUUGCGGAUGCUCCUCCUGUUAGAGAUUUUGUUGGGGCUUUGAAGGCAUCAUAUCAACGAACUGGUAUGCCAGCUUUGAUAGCUGAGGUGAAAAAGGCUUCUCCAAGCAGAGGGGUGCUGCGUGAGGAUUUUGAUCCAGUUGAAAUAGCUAAUGCCUACGAGAAAAAUGGAGCAGCAUGCUUAAGUGUCUUGACUGAUGAAAAACACUUUCAGGGAAGCUUUGAGAAUCUAGAGGCUAUAUGCAGAGCUGGUGUUGAGUGCCCUCUUCUAUGCAAAGAAUUUAUUAUUGAUGCUUGGCAAAUUUACUAUGCUCGGUCGAAGGGCGCAGAUGCAAUCCUUUUGAUUGCUGCUGUGUUGCCUGAUCUUGAUAUCAAAUAUUUUACUAAGAUCUGCAGAAUGCUAGGCUUAGCAGCACUGGUUGAGGUGCAUGAUGAAAGGGAAAUGGACCGAGUAUUGAGCAUUGAUGGGAUCCAGCUCAUUGGUAUCAACAAUCGUGACCUUGAAACUUUUGAAGUUGAUAUUUCAAACACAAAAAGGCUUCUGGAGGGAGAGCGUGGUGAGAUUAUACAUCAAAAAGACAUAAUGGUGGUAGGAGAAUCUGGACUAUUUACACCUAAGGAUAUUUCAUAUGUUCAAGAUGCUGGAGUUAAGGCUGUUUUGGUUGGCGAAUCCCUAAUCAAACAAGAUGAUCCAGGCAGAGGAAUAGCUGGACUUUUUGGUAGAGAUAUAUCUCUACGAGUUUGAAGUAUUUGGAAUAAGAAGCCGGUGUCAUAUUUAUGAAAAGACGUUAUCUUUCCUUCGAAAUAAUAAGAACUACAGGAUUCAAGAGCAUGAAGUGUUGAACGGGCACAUCUUGUCACUUCCAUUUCCAUGCUGUAAUAAAUCCUCCUAAUCAGGAAAACCAUCAAAAAGUUGUUUCAGAGCAUACUAUCAUCAGAUUAGGGUCUUUGCAGAAUGUUAGAACUUUGGAAAAAUAGGAGUAGGAUAUACUAGUUUUAUUAACAAAGAUGGAAGAAAAUAUGUUGCA